AUGGGUGAUACGAAUGGACAAGUAGUAGCUGGUGGUAAUGGCCAAGGAAAUCGAUUGGAUCAAUUGAAUAGUCCAACCGAUGUGUUGAUCGACAAAGAGACGGAUAGUCUCAUUAUUUGUGACCGAGACAAUCGACGUGUCGUACGAUGGUCUCGUCGUAGUGGUACAACUCAAGGAGAAAUCCUCAUCGAUAACAUCCGUUGUUGGGGAUUGGCUAUGUAUGAUCAGAGAUAUCUCUACAUCUCUGACACCGCCAACGAUGAAGUAAGACGAUAUCAAAUUGGAGACAAGAAUGGAGCUAUUGUGGCUGGUGGCAAUGGCGAAGGUGCUGAUCUCAAUCAAUUCAACGAUCCGCGCUACAUCUUUGUCGAUCAACAACAGACUGUCUACGUGUCAGACCACCGCAAUCAUCGUGUAAUGAAAUGGAAUAAAGGUGCAAAAGAAGGAAUUGUUGUCGCUGGAGGUCAAGGCUAUGGGAAUGCUCUGACACAAUUGUGGUAUCCUUACGGGCUGUGCGUCGAUAUGUUAGAUACCAUCUAUGUGGCAGAUACGUGGAAUGAUCGAGUGAUGCGUUGGCCUAAAGGAGCGAAACAGGGCACUGUCAUUGUGGGUGGAAAUGGUCAAGGAGCAGGAGCAAAUCAGUUCAACUAUCCCGUAGGUUUGUCCUUCGAUCGAUAUGGCAAUCUCUAUGUCGCCGAUUGGGACAAUCAUCGUGUUCAACGCUUUUCAAUCGAAUAG